CGAGCCCCAGCCCGAGCGCGGUGGCAUCCGAGCGGGAACCCGAGCGGGAGCGGGAGCGGGAGCCGGGGCCGGAGCGGGAACCGGAGCUGGAGCCGAAGCUGGAGCCGGCACUGCGGCGCACGGAGCGGAGCGCGGCAGCCAAGCCGAGUGAGUGGAGGGGCCUUCCCUGCGAGAAGUCAGAGCUGUGCCCGGGGGGCAGGCUGGCUCCGCUGUUCUGCUCCAAGGAUUACAUGUCCUUCAAACGUCCCUGCCCCUUAGCGCGAUACAACCGCACCAGCUACUUCUACCCGACAUUCUCAGAGAGCUCAGAGCACAGCCACCUGCUCGUGUCUCCUGUGCUGGUGGCAAGUGCCGUCAUAGGGGUGGUCAUCAUCCUCUCCUGCAUCACCAUCAUCGUGGGCAGCAUCCGCAGGGACAGGCAGGCCCGGCUCCAGCGGCGGCACCACCGCCACCGCCGCCACCAUCACCACCACCACCGCCGCCGGCGGCACCGACACCGAGAGUACGAGCACGGCUAUGUGUCUGACGGACACACAUACAGCCACUCAAGCCGCAGGAUGCGCUAUGCCUGCAGCACCACGGAGGACUGGCCCCCACCCUUGGACAUCAGCUCUGACGGGGACAUGGAUGCCACGGUGCUCCGGGAGCUGUACCCAGAUUCUCCUCCAGGCUACGAGGAGUGCACAGGGCCAGGGGCCACGCAGCUAUACGUCCCCACGGACGCACCCCCGCCCUACUCGCUGACGGACUCCUGCUCCACGCUGGGUGGCACCCUGGACUCGGGCAGCGGCCACGGCCCUCGCCAACACCAGCAGGAGCAGAGGACCCCGGGCCACAGUGGUGUCCGCACCAUCUCCAUGGACACCCUUCCCCCAUACGAGGCCGUGUGUGGGGCCGGCCCCCCAUCGGGCCUGCUGCCACUGCCGGGACCAGGACCAGGGGCAAGGGGCUCACAGGACUCGCCCACCCUAACCCGGGCCCCCGCCUCUGGCCCAGAGAGGAUCAUGUGA